AUGUCCUUUUUACGUGGAAUCAGAUUUGCUAGUACUUUUGCUAGACAAGUUUCUAAACCCGUUGCUCUUCGAACUCCAAAUGGUUUCAAAUAUAAUCAACCAACUGGUCUUUUCAUCAAUAAUGAGUUCUAUGAUACCAUAAAUGAUGGUUCUUCUAUCAGAGUGGAAAAUCCUUCAACUCAAGAAGAAGUAACUAAAGUUUCAAGUGCUAUUGAUUCAGAUGUGAAUUUUGCUGUUGAAUCUGCUGAAAAAGCUUUUAAAACAUGGUCUGUUUCUGAUCCUUUAUAUCGUGCUAAAUUAUUAAAUAACUUGGCUUCAAUCAUCGAAGCUAACAAAGAUGUCAUUGCUUCAAUUGAAUCUAUGGAUAAUGGUAAGACUCUUGCCUUAGCAUCUGGUGAUGUUGGUCUUGUUAUUGAUUAUAUUCGUUCAACUGCUGGUUAUUGUGAUAAAUUAGAUGGUAGAACUAUUUCCAAAGAGGGUUAUAUGAAUUUCACUUUAAGAGAACCUUUAGGUGUUUGUGGUCAAAUCAUUCCAUGGAAUUUCCCAUUAUUAAUGUUGAGUUGGAAAAUUGCUCCUGCUUUAGCUACUGGUAAUACUGUUGUCUUAAAACCUGCUAGUGAUACUCCAUUAAAUGCAUUGUUUUUCGCAAGUUUAGUUAAAGAAGCUGGUUUCCCAGAAGGUGUUGUUAAUAUCUUACCAGGUAGUGGUGCUAAAUGUGGUAAUGCCAUUUUGAAUCAUCCAAAGAUUAGAAAAAUUGCAUUCACAGGUUCAACUGCAAUUGGUAAAGAUGUUAUGAUCAAGAGUGCUGAAUCAAAUUUGAAAAAAGUUACAUUGGAAUUAGGUGGUAAAUCACCAAAUAUUGUAUUUGAUGAUUGUAAUUUAGAGAAAACUUUAGAAAAUUUAGUUAAUGGUAUUUUUAAAAAUGCUGGUCAAAUUUGUUCAAGUGGUUCAAGAAUCUAUGUCCAAGAUACUAUUUAUGAUGAAUUAUUAACUAAGUUCAAAGCUCAUAUUGAGAAUGAAAUUAAAAUUGGUGAUCCAUUCAACUCAAAUAAUUAUCAAGGUGCUAUUACAAACAAGAAACAAUUUGAAACAAUUUUAAGUUAUAUUGAAAUUGGUAAAAAAACUGAUGCUAAAUUACUUACAGGUGGUGAAAGAAUUGGUGAAAAGGGUUAUUUCAUUCAACCAACUGUGUUUUAUGAUGUUGAUCCAUCAAAUCAAUUAUCUCGUGAAGAAAUAUUUGGUCCAGUUGUUACAAUCACUAAAUUCUCUACAAUUGAUCAAGUUAUCGAAAUGGCUAAUGAUUCUGAAUAUGGGUUAGGAGCAGGUAUCCAAACUGAAAACUUGAGUAAUGCAUUAACAGUUGCUAAAAAAUUAAAAUCUGGUACUGUUUGGAUUAAUACUUAUAAUGAUUUUGAUUACAAUGUUCCAUUUGGUGGUUAUAGACAAAGUGGGUUCGGUAGAGAAAUGGGUGUUGAAGCUUUAGAUAAUUAUACUCAAGUCAAAGCUGUUCGUAUAAAACUAAAUUAA